CGACGUUGGCAUCGAUGAGCGAUACGGACGACCUCUACCAGGCGCUCCACCAUCGUCUCAUCACCACGGGCGAAUGGCAUCGACUGUCCAAUCUACUCGAGCAAUUGCUCCUCGACUCGAGAUGGUCCUCUGAUAUGGCAGACUAUGCCACGCAGAAGGCUCAGUCGAUGGAUAAUCUCAAUCUCGACGAUCUCGUAGCCGCGGUUCAGGCCAAGGGGCAGAAAUCGGUUCCCAAGCAAGUCCAGACGCAGCUCCUCGAAAAGAUUCGCGACUUCCUCGACCGCAAUGUCGAGGAUGCGUGAUAGCGGCGGCGGGUCGGCGAAGGCGUUGAUGCCAAAGGUCGAAGGAGGAAAGAUGGUACCAUCUGUUGUAGGACUUGUGUUAGCAUAGGCGGACACAGGCAGCGAGCUAGGCUACCGGAGGCACUACUGCAUGGCGGUGAAAGAGACCACCCUGAGCUGCGAGGCUCAAUCUAUAUAUUCAGUAUUAAAUCGAAAGGCCGCUCAAUAACGCAACUUGGACAGCCGUCUCGCGAUCUCUGCAUUCGUCAGGUCCUGAGUACGCUGAAAAGGGAGACAAAGACGUUGCCCCGAAAGCUGUCAUUGGAACCCCUGGCUGAUGAGGACGGGGGGUGGCUGCGCCUGCAGCUGGUUCACGAUGCCGCCGGCUCCCAUGACGGCGGACGACCCUUGCACAGGCACACGAAGUCGAGGUCUGAGCAGGGAAUAGCCGAUGGGGACAUCACGACAGUCGCCGACAGCACAGCGCUGUUCUCGUGAGAGGUAGAGAGUAGCAGCAGC